GCCAAACGAAGCUGAGCUUGAACCGCAUGCGCAACGGCAGCGGCUGCUCUCUCUCUUCGACAUCGAAAGAAUAACUGAAUCCGAAAAGCCGAAAGAGAGUUUGGAUUUGGUGGAUCCGUGGGCUAGCUUUUUUUCGGCAUCUUGCGGCUUUGGCUAUUUGGGCAAAGUUAUUGUGCUGUUAGUCGUAAUUUUGGCAGCCGAACGUGCGCAUGCGGCCACCAGUACGAAGCGCGUCAACCAAAACAGCAUCGCACCGCAUCGCAUCGCAUCAUUUUAGCCUGCAACAAGUGCUGCACCAUAACAAGAGCCAGAGCCGAAGCCCUAAUCUGGUGAGCUUCCCCAAAUGCACGUAGAGACGCUCCACAGAUCGGUUGGUUAGACAAUUGCAAUAACCCCCCCCCCAGCAGAGGUAGAGAGACACACAGCUUAUGCAACUGAAGCAGCAGCAGAAACAGUUGCAGCAGCUGGAAUUGACAUUUGUACAAGUCCCCCAGACAGACAGCAGACAAAAGGUGAACCGAGGCAGAGAUUGCUGGCAAUAAUCAUGGAUGAACAGAAGCAACAGCAGCAGCAGCAGCAGCCAACAACCCUCGAUGGCAUGUCGAAUGAGGCCUCAUCAGUCAGUGGAUUGAGACGUCAGCCCACCAAAUAUCCCCACGGCCUAAAUAUCACCGUGCAGACGAUCGAUGAUGAUUACUCCCGCGCCUCCACGCUACGCAGCAAAGGCUCGGACGCCAGCGCCGAGGUGGCUGCCUGCUGGAGUGAUACCCAGAAAUAUCGCAUUGGCAUGCUCGGCAGCCCGGAGGCACUGGCCGAGCUUCAGGUGCGCCGCUACAAGUAUCCCCUGACGGCCAACUAUUAUUUGGAGGCGGCGCAUCACGGCGAGAAGCCCACGCCAUGGAUGCUGCUGGGCUAUGCCCGUCGUGCCUGUCGCUGGAAGUAUCUGCGCUGGCCCAUCAUCUUUGUGGCGAGUGUGCUGCUGUUUUUCGGCCUGAUCACCUACUGCCUCUGGCUGCACGAUGUGAGUGUGGCACGGGCACGCUUGCUGCAGCGUCGCUACGAGGCAAGUUCCACCACCAGCAGCAGCAGCAGCAGCAGCAGUACGGAGAUCUACGAUGAUGAGGAAACCAGCACCGAAAUGGAACCCCAGGAAACGACGCGACUCAAAGCGGUGGAUGGCUACACAACGGAGCUGCCAGAGCUGUCAUUGGGUGGGCAGGAUGAGGACUACGAUGACACCUUGCUGCCGGCUGACAGCAUUCGUUUUACAUCCGGACAUCAGAAUAGUUUUGGUGUGCCCAUCGAGCAGGACAAGCGAAUGUUGCAGUUGCUGAAGGAUCUACUGCCCAAGCCACAGGCCACACCGCCUGGCCAUGAGCAGCCCCGCACACGCGUCUCACCCACACUGCCACCGCCGCCGGCAGCAGCGGCCAGCGGUGGCCAUCCCACAGAGGCAAUGGCAAUGACGACGACACCAUCGACAACCAACAGCGGCUGUUACUCCACCAUGCUGCCCAUGUGCCAGGGCGUGCUGGACUACGAUCUCACGUACAAUCGUGAGGGCACAGCGGCGCCACGGGAUGCGGCAGCCAUGGCCGCCUACGAGCAACUCAUUCGCGCCAACUGUUCGGCGCGCGCCGUGGAGUUUGUGUGCGCGGCACUGGAGCCGGAAUGCAGACCCUCGCACAUUGGCCAGCUGCCGCCCUGUCGCAGGAUUUGCAAGGCCAUUUUGGAGGCCUGCUCCAUAGCCAUUUCCAACUCGGAUGUGCUCAGUGAGCUCUUCGACUGCAGCCAGUAUCCGGAUGCCCAUGAGAGUCACAAGUGUGAGGAUCCGACGCGACGGCGCGAUGACUGCUAUGGCAAUGAGUUCCAGUGCCACGAUGGCAGCUGCAUUCCACAGCAGUGGCAGUGCGACAAGAUCAAGGACUGUGCCGGUGGCGAGGACGAGGACGAGCAGUGUCUGGUGUGCGAGCAGCAGGAUGAGUUUCGGUGUCGCUCCAACGAGAGGUGCAUACCCGAGAGCCAGCGCUGUGAUCUCAACUUCGAUUGCUUCGAUGGCAGCGACGAGGAGGACUGCGAUGAGUAUGGCUCCGGGGACUCGGCGCCCUUCGAUGAGGCGGAGCUGAAUGCCUUUCCGCGUGUCUUUUCCUAUGCAAGUUUCCUGUCGCCCAACGAAACGAACGACAAGCUGUACACGUACAUCACGGCCACCACGGACGAGGAGGCGGGCACGGAGACCAAGUUUCAGCUGCAUCAGGUGGCGGCGCCGCCGCCCGCGAAUGGAUCCGCCAGUGGCGAGGAUGCGGCAGCAGGACCCAAAGGGUUUGUUAACUUUCGUGACAGCAAGGAGAUCAUGAUGACCAGCGAUUCGGAGAACAAAUUCAAGUAUUCACAGCGCGCCAAUCGCACCUCGGUGAAGUUCAGCAUCAGUGGCGGCGUCACAACGCCAGCGGCGCGGACAGCCAGUGCUAUACCCAGUGCGGCAUUGGUGCAACAGCGUGGACGUGGCAGCAGCAGCAGCAACAACCACAACAACCACAACAACAACGACAACACCAGCACCAGCACCAAGGCACCCACCACACAGACAGCGGUGACAGCGCCGGGCGGUUGUCUGCCCCACGAGCUGCGCUGUGUCAGUGGCAAGUGCAUCACCGUCAAUCAGCUGUGUGAUAAGCAAAUUGAUUGUCCCGAUGCGGCGGAUGAGCUGAUGUGCGUCUACAGAGAGCGUCCCAGUGUCAGAAGGACUACAGCUACGAGUACGAGUUCCCGAAUCACAAGCACCAACAGUCCCAAGAGCAGCUCCCCCAGCAGCACCAGCACCAGCACCACAACGCGACGUUCUGUGAGGACCACACCCAAUCGAAGUCGAAAGCCCAAGUCUUAGAGUGUGUUGCCCUGCCCUGCCCUGCCCUGCCCUGCCUGUAACUUUUAACUUGUAAUGUUUAUUUAUAUCUCGUAUCUUUAUCUCGUAUCUUUAUCUUUAUCUCGUAUCUGUAUUUUACUUCUUCUUUUCGCGCUCGCUAUAUGUAUGAUAUUGAUUGAUAUACUCGUAUGCAAAACACUUUGCUAGAUUUUAAGUUAUUUAGUAGCUAGUUUAUUGAUUGAUGAUUUCUUUGACUAUUUUUAUGCGUAUGUAAAUUGUAUUUUUAGCAAUGAAUAAAGUUUAAGAUGUGAUUAGCAAA